AACUUCCCCUCCUAUCUCUCGCUGUCAAGGAAAGCAGGUCCCAAUACAGCAUUUCCUACCUUGACAUCAUCACCUUUUUCCUGACUAUGCUCAAGGAAAUAACCUCGUAACCAUGAGCGAAACGUGUGCGAAUCCCCUACUGCUGGAGUGGAUCAAAGAAUGGCUAGACCAGGCUCGAGAGCGGAACAGCAAAGGUGCCAUAGUGUACAAAAAAGCCUAUGAUUCAAUGAAAGCUUGUCCCUUAGUCUUCCAGCACCCGUCGGAAGCUCAGCAAUUAAAUGGACUUGGUCCCAAACUAUGCGAUCGGCUGACUGAGAAGCUUAAAGCUUACUGUGAGGAAAAUGGUCUUCCAAUGCCCGAACGUCAUCAGAAGUGUGAGUACUACUAUUCUCGUCCGGCAAGCAGCAAAAGGCCAUCAGGCGAAGGCACUACGGAAAGCCAGCCAGCAAAGAAGCCUCGAAAGGCCAAGCCCUACGUUCCUAGUCUACGAUCUGGGCCAUAUGCAUUAAUCCUGGCCCUGGCAACGCUCGACGAGGACUCUUCUCAGGGUCUAACCAAGACACAACUGAUUGAGAUAGCACAACCAAACUGUGAUAGUUCGUUCACAGCCCCUAGUGACACAUCUAAGUUUCACACUGCUUGGAGCUCUAUGAAAACACUGCUACAAAAAGAAUUUGUGUAUGAUUUCGGGCGCCCGUUGAAGAAAUACGCGCUCACAGAGGAGGGCUGGGAGGUUGCAAAGAGGAUGAAAAAGGUUGCCUCAUCUUCAGACCAAGGCACUUUGACAUUUGGAAGCCAACCCGGCCCGAGUGCAAGCAAUGCUAGUGUUUCUCAGUCCCAACUCAAUGCUAGUGGUAACAGCACCGCUGUACCAGGACCUCUCCAUCAGGAAGUACUUGAUAAUGAUGCACCUCAGAUCCAUCGUAAUAUACAAGGUGGAGAACAAGUCGAUGAUGGCACAGUCACCCCCAUUACCAUCCCACCUGACAGCUUCACAGUCCAGCUGGUUCUGGAUGUCCGUGAAGUCCGGUCAUCCAAAGACAGAGACUACAUUGCCAAUGAACUACACAAGAAAGGAGUCUCUCUCGAUGUGCGCGCACUGGAACUAGGCGACGCCAUGUGGGUUGCCAAAUUCCAUAACCCAACCUUCCUCUCCCAGUACGGCGAGGAAGGCGACGAAAUAAUGCUAGACUGGAUCGUUGAGCGGAAAAGACUCGACGACCUCAUCAGCUCUAUGAAAGACGGGAGAUUCCACGAGCAAAAGUUCCGUCUUCGCCGCUCAGGAGUGAAAAAUGUCAUCUACCUCAUCGAGGAAUUCACCGUCACUCUAGACGCCAACAGCGUCAUGGCAGUCAAGUACAACGAAAUGGUAGCCUCCGCUAUUGCCUCGACGCAGGUCGUCAACGGCUAUUUCGUCAAAAGGACCAAGAACCUCGACGAUACAAUCCACUACCUAGCCCGAAUGACCUUCCUACUACGCAGAAUGUUCAACCCCUCUCCCGGUGAAAUCCCCUCCAACACACUCAGUCUCAUCCCUAGCCGCCAGCUAUCCUCCUCCCAAUCAUACCUCAACGCCCUCGAACGCCUCCGAGCAGAGAAACCCUCAGUCACAUACGCCGUCACCUUCCCCACCUUCUCCACUCUAACCUCCAAAUCCGACGUCCUAAUCCUGCGUGACGUAUUCCUCAAAAUGCUCAUGUGCAUCCGAGGCGUGACGGGCGAAAAAGCCAUCGAGAUCCAACGACGCUGGCAGACCCCGCAGGCAUUCAUCCGAGCCUAUGAAGAACUCGAUCCCAAAGCACGGGAGAAUAUGGUUUCAGAUCGAAUGCAAACACUCGUUGGCCGGAAGAAGGUUGCCAAGGUUCUGAGCAAGAAGAUCGCAGAGGUAUGGGGUGAGGAUGGUUAGUCGUCUGGAUUGUUUAAUAUCUACGCUCAUAAGUGAUCUGAGCAGAAGAGUAAAAGGCACUUGAACCCAUCAACAUAUGUAGUGGAUUUGUUGCGUUACAUGAAUGUUUGUUGUCGAGCAACUAAGGACUAUAUAAUUUCCAUUAAGAAAG